AUGAACCCAUUAUACAUUCCAGCUGAGGAAAAACACGGGUCCUACUGGAAAAAAUCUGCAGCGGAGACCCUAAAAGCCAAGCUGAAAGAGAAAAUAAAUACCAAUAAAGCCAAAAAUGGUAUACUUUUCAUUGGUGAUGGCAUGUCACUAGCGACUGUAAUGGCUGCGAGAACUUUUGGUGGGCAAAUGGACAGAAACUUAGGAGAGGACAAUACAUUGGAAUUUGAAAAGUUUCCGGUGUCCGGAUUGGCCCGGACGUACUGCAUUGACGCUCAAGUGCCUGACUCUGCUUGCACAGCCACGUCUUACCUCACUGGAGUGAAGACCAAAUAUGGAGUGAUCGGUCUUGAUGGCAACGUCACAAGAGGGUCCUGCUUCUCCCAGCUCCAUAAAGGCAACUGGGCGCCAUCUAUCGCCCAAUGGGCUUUGGCCAGUGGAUUGGAUGUUGGCCUUGUGACCACUACCCGAGUAACCCACGCCUCUCCUGCCGGCAUGUACGCCCACACAUCUGAGAGGAAUUGGGAGUCAGAUGCUGAUGUACCAGAUGAAUGCAUCAGCUUGGGUUGUCAGGAUAUCGCUCGGCAACUGAUAAUGGCGAACCCAGGAAGACAGUUUAAGGUUAUUCUCGGAGGUGGCAGACGGGAAUUCCUUCCUAAUAUAUCUACUCCUCUGACCAAUUAUACCGGAAGACGCAGGGAUGGUGUCGAUUUAACAGACAUGUGGCAUACCGAUAAGAUGGAGAAGAAUGCCUCUCAUCAAUACGUGACUGACCGAAAUGAACUUAUGAAGGUGUUCAAUUCUGACGACCUUCCAGAAUACCUGUUAGGCCUCUUCCAAAAUGACCACAUGGAUUACCACCUGCAAGCCUCCAAUCAGCCGACAUUGGAAGAGAUGGUGGAGGUUGCGAUAAAAAUGCUUAAUCGCAGUGAUAGGGGAUAUUUCCUGUUCGUUGAAGGAGGCCGCAUCGACCACGCCCACCACGACAGCUACGCACUUCUAGCGCUCGACGAAACCGUGGAAUAUGCAAAAGCGGUGAAAAAAGCAAAGGCCCUUACUAACCCUGACGAUACGCUAAUAGUGGUCAGUUCCGACCACGCCCACACUAUGACAGUGGCUGGCUAUCCCUCGCGAGGGAAUGAUAUAUUAGGAGUAGUUGAUACAGCAAGAGGCAUGGAUGGAAAGCCUUAUACUACAAUUAGUUAUGCCAAUGGGAAAGCCAAGUCGUUGGACGAAAGCGGCAGAGUGGACGUAACGCUGCAUAGCGAAUUCUCUAGUAAAGCAUUAGACUAUUCCUACCCAAGCCUGGUUCCUCUUGACUCCGAGACCCAUGGAGGUGAAGACGUAGCAGUUUACGCAUCAGGACCUUGGCAGCAUCUCUUCACGGCCAGCUACGAACAAUCCGUUGUUCCGCAUUUAAUGGCAUAUGCUAUGUGUAUUGGUGAAGAAAAACAUGAAAACUGCGAACCAAAAAUGGGUCAUAGAAGCUUUUGGACCUCUGAUAGUAUAGCGAAUAAACCAAAUAAGUAUUUUGUAAUUUUAACUUGUGUGAUACUUGGCUGUGUUAGAUUUUUAGGUUGUCUUCACUCUUGGUAUGUGUAUGGAGACACAGUACUGUACCAGGCUACAGUAGAAGAUGAAGAAGAAAGAAGUAACCGAUGUGUUCCAAGGGAGGGUAAAAUAGCAAAUUCCCGACCCUGUUCCCCCAAUCGAUUCGACCCGGUAUGGUGA